UUGCAAGAUUUUUGCAUUUCGCGUUUUUGAUGCAAUUUGCAAUACAAGCUGUUUGAAAUACUGUGUUUUUGUUCAAAAAUGCGUUUUAGCUGUAAUUUAGCGCAAAGUUAUGUCGGUGCUUUUCGACGUUUUAGUUCUACUUCAAUGUUCGUUCCUGCCCAUGAACCAGCUCUAGAAAGUGACCGCAAACGAUUAGAAAAAUUUCUUGAGGAUAAGCCGAACACGUUGGUCCUGACUGGCGCGGGUAUAUCAACAGAAUCAGGUAUUCCCGACUAUCGCUCCGAGGGAGUAGGCUUAUAUGCGCGUUCAAAUCACAAGCCAAUUCAGCAUGGAGAUUUCAUCAAAUCGGAAGCGGUGCAAAAGCGCUACUGGGCGCGCAACUACGUGGGGUGGCCACGCUUCUCCUCGGUUGCUCCAAACGUGACUCACUACACAUUAGCCCGACUAGAACGGGAGCAACGUAUAUCGGGCAUUGUGACACAAAAUGUAGACAAACUACACACCAAGGCAGGAUCGAAAAGUGUAGUAGAAUUGCAUGGUAGCGGAUACACAGUCGUGUGUGUUGGCAAAACUGGUAACGGUUGCAACUACCAAAUACCUCGACAUGAGUUUCAGCAAAUUCUAGAUCAAAUGAACCCGCACAUGGAGGACAAGUCAACGAUGAUACGACCGGACGGCGACGUCGAGCUCCCGCAAGAGUACGUUGACAAUUUUAAGAUACCGGCUUGUCCGGAAUGCGGUGGAUACCUCAAACCGGAAAUCGUCUUUUUUGGCGACAACGUUCCGAUGCCACGAAUCGAGCGCGUGGUGCGCAUGAUUCUCCAAUCGGAUGCAAUACUGGUGCUAGGUUCUAGUCUGACGGUGUUCUCUGGCUAUCGUAUCGUACUGCAGGCCAAAGAGCUCGGGAUACCGGUAGCGAUUGUCAAUAUUGGCAGUACGCGUGGCGAUCCCGCAGCUGAUCUGAAGAUUGCCGCGCGGUGCGGGGAACUUAUGGAAAAAAUGUUUAUUAAAUAAGCUGUUGACAAAAAAAGAUGCUGUCUUGUAAAUAACGUAAUA